AUGUCCUUUCUCCUGUGCGGGGUUCGCCACCUGGGCGCCCGGGGUUUCACGCUCCGGUCCGGGCCGCGCUGCUCCAGACUGUUCGGUUCGGGCUCCUUGGAAUCGCCGCCGGGCCCUUCUUCCCGUUGGCGUGAUGGUCGGUGGCAGCGAUCGGCAUUCGCCUGGACUGCGGGAGCCACGGUGGUGCUGGCCGGGCUGGGACUGGUGCGGCGGGCGGAGAUGAAAGAGCAGCCUCUGCGGCAGCAGCAACGACAACUCGAAAAGCCGUGGGGAAAGGAAGACGAGGAAGAUCUGGCAAGGCUGUGCGAGAGCUUCAUGGCUCCUCCGGUGAGCGGACUGCGAGAGCUGCGCGACCGGCGCGGAGACAUGCGAAGUCGCAUGGAGCUGCUCGUCAUGGAGACGCAGAGCCAGGUGUGCAACGCGCUGGCCCAGGUCGACCGCGGCGCCGCUUUCACCGUGGACCGCUGGGAAAGGAAGGAAGGUGGCGGAGGCAUCAGCUGUGUACUUCAAGAUGGUGAAAUCUUUGAGAAGGCUGGUGUCAAUGUUUCAGUUGUUUUUGGACAUCUUUCUGAAGAAGCAGCUCAGCAGAUGAGAAGUAGGGGGAAAACUCUAAAGACCAAAAGUGGAAAAUUGCCCUUUUGUGCUAUGGGAGUGAGUUCUGUCAUUCAUCCAAAGAAUCCUUACAUUCCCACUAUACACUUCAAUUACAGAUACUUUGAAAUUGAAGAUGCAGAUGGUGCUAAACAGUGGUGGUUUGGUGGUGGAACAGACCUUACACCAACUUACUUGAAUGAAGAUGAUGCUAUUCAUUUUCAUAAAACUCUGAAGGACGCUUGUGAUCAGCAUAAUCCUGAACUAUAUCCUAAGUUCAAGAAAUGGUGUGAUGAAUAUUUUUACAUCAAGCACCGUGGAGAACGGCGGGGAAUAGGAGGCAUCUUCUUUGAUGACUUGGACUCGCCUUCAAAAGAAGAAGUUUUCCAGUUUGUGCAGAGUUGUGCCAAAGCUAUUGUGCCUUGUUACAUUCCCAUUGUGAAGAAACACUCACAGGACAAGUUCUCACCAAAAGAAAAAUUAUGGCAGCAGAUCCGUAGGGGGAGAUAUGUGGAAUUCAAUCUUGUGUAUGAUAGAGGAACAAAGUUUGGCCUUGCAACACCAGGGUCAAGAAUUGAAAGUAUUCUUAUGUCUCUGCCACUCACUGCCAGGUGGGAGUAUAUGCAUUCACCACCAGAGAAUUCCAAGGAAGCAGAAAUUCUAGAAGUUUUACGCCAUCCCAAAGACUGGAUACAGUGAAUAGAAUGCUGACCAUGUUCAGCAAUGAGGAAAGAACUUGUUCUGCUGCCCAUUCCCAAAUUCAUCUGUCACUGCAUGGCAGCUAAUGAAUGUUUCGCUAUUCUCUCACCUCAUGCCUUAGGAAUAGUAUUAGAUUCUAUCCUCUGAAUUGUUUUGCUCCUUUGUAGAGUGUUGGUCAUUUGUAUUAGUGGAACUGUAAAGAUCUGAGUGAAAAUUAUAUUAAGUCAACAGGACGUGCACUUAACAACAGAAUGUAGUGAAGUGCUGCAAGUUACUGAGGUGCAGACUACAUGCCUCUCUUUCAGGGACUUAAACACAUUUUCUUACUUUUCAUAAAAGGAACAGUUGUUGACAAACCCAGUUUAGUCUUCAGUUGGCUGCAGUGUUUUUGACUCCUUGCCAAACAGCUUCCAGUACAAUGAUUUUUGUAAUUUAAUCUAAAAUGCUACUUUAUUUGACUCAUGAUCAUCUGUUAAAUUGUAAAAGAAUGUCUACAUUGGCUACUAUCAUUUAUGGUGCAAUAAGUGGAUAAAUUAUCUUGGUAGCUCAGUUCCUCCUCACAAAACUUUGUAACUAUCCACACCUUGACUGAAGAUGAAAUGCAGCCCAGACUUUUAUCAGGGACCAAAGUUCAUAGUUCUGCAUUUGUACAGCACCUGGCACAGAGGUUUUAAUGAAAUAAUUACAUUUCUGUAGAAAUACUUUUGAUAAAUGUAUAUUCUUAUAGAGUACACAUUGGAACUUAAAUUCAGAAGGAGUAUAAGGUGGUAUUGUACCUCAGGUUACCAAUUUUUUUCUCACAUACUUUCUUGAAAUAUGCUUCUCAGGAAACAUGUUUAGGAGAAGGUAAAGGUUCUAUUCCAAGUGCUCAUAAUCAAUUCUACAUAAAGUAUCUGCAUGUUCAUGCACAAACAUACAAUCUUUGCUGAGACAGUCAUAGAGAAGUGUUUCCUUCAGUAAACUAUGUAUGGACAGCAAAUUAAAUUUUUUAAGAAUUAAGUAACGGGAAGGACAGAAACAAACUUCUGAGGAACACAGAUAUCUGAUGCUUAAUUUUGGCCAACUUUUUACAUUUUUGUCAAUAGAAACUUAAGUUCUCAGCUAAUCCUAAUAAUGCUUUCUUAAAUCCAUGUCAAUAAAAUGGGUUUGCAGGAGUACUGGAUGGAAUUGCAAGCUGCUGUAUGUUAACAGUGGUUUAGAUCUAGAAAAAUGUUAAACUGUCAUUCACAGCUGGAGUAAUCAGAUUACUUCUCAGCAAGCUGCCUGGGUCCUCCCUGGUCUGCUUCUAAGGAGAUAAUGGGCUGCAGUAGAAUGAGGAAAUGAAGGUGCUCCUGCUUCUGAAAGAUAUCUCUGAAUUUAAACCACUGUGCCUAGGUUCAAUUUUGUGUUUUGAAUAUUGGCAAAAGUGAAAAACAACCAGCAUUUAAGAAAGAUUUGAGAAUCUCUUUUGGUUUUGGUCACUAGAUAGUUCUUUGGCAUUAUACAGAAACUGAAGGGAGAAACCCAUGAAUAUUUCUAAAAAAAAAUAACAUCUCUAACAUUAAUAGCAAUACAUUCAAAAUUUAUAUGGAUCUUUUUUUCCCAUCUUUAUGAGCUUGAGGAAGUCAAAGUUUUCAUAGUGAACCCAACUUUUCAUACUAUUUCUUCAUUAUUUGUGUGCAUCUUUAAACUCAGUGUUAUUUGUGCAGAAAAUAUAGAAAUCUAUGACUAGGAACACAAACAGGCAUUUCAAGCUGUUGCAGACAGUGCUUUAUGAUUGGUAAAUUCUCAGACGUGUGCUGAAGAUGUUCCUUAACAUGGGCUCCUUGGUAGUU